AUAGUUGAAAGCCCUGUUUGGUUAAAAAUAAUAGAAAUCAUCGUCAAUAUCAAACAAAAUUAUUUUCUCCUGGCUGUUGCAGUGUUUGAAAGAUCAAGUAUCUAAAUUUUCUUUACAUAUCUGGAGCUGAAACCGAAAUGUGACUACGCCAAUAGGUUUUCAUCAGCGUUGUGUGCGUAGAAACAAAAGAAUUAAAUCUUUCAAAAGAUGUCAUAUAGUCCACCCAAUUACACAGAUGGAGUUCCCAUUAAAAUUUCAGAAAAAUAUAAACCUCCACCACCAAUUCAUCUACCAACAAAAAUCAUACAGAAUCUUGCAAAAGCGGAAGUUCCAGUGGCCUUCGAGGACUAUAACUUCGAUCUAGAACAUAAAAUCAUAAGUAAAACAUCUGAAUGGAUAAAUUGGAGGGUGAAAGGAAAAACUGAACGUCAAGAACGAAUAGCUCAGCGAGAGCUUGCAAGAUUAAAGCGACUUGAAGAAGAACAGAAACAGAAAUUGAAUGAAGUUUCGUAUCCAAGCACAGAUGAGAUUUCAUCAUGUGAUGAAGACGAUGAUCUUGUCAAUGAGGCUACCAAUUCCAACAUAAAUCAGCAACCGAGCAUUCCUAAAGAGAAACCAUUUAGUCCUACAAACUUCAAUACGAUUCUGAUGCCAACUCAAGCUCUUCAGGAUCCAAUAAUCGUAAAAAAAUCACAUCGUCGUUAUGCCAGUAAUUCCAGCAAUAAGAUUGACUUCUCAUUCUUUGAAUCUGACGCCAGUCCUUUUGAUCAUCUUGAAAUGAAAUCAAUGAAUGAGAUGGAAGUUCUUGCACAAAUUUUAGGCUCGUCAGUAAAAGAUGAAACAAAGAGCUUAGAGCGUGAUAAUUCUAGUGAAUCCGAGUCAAGUGAACAUCAUAAGAACAAUAAUAAUCAUGUUGUAACAGAACCGUUAGAUGAAGUUAAAGCUUUGCCUUUAUCUCAGCAACAGCCGCAAUAUCAACAAAACUACGUUCCUCAAAUGUAUAACAAUUAUUAUGGGAUGAGUGGAGGUAACACGUACUAUAACUACACUCCUGCAACGUCACAACACUUUUCAAAUAUGAAUCCUCAAAAUCAAUUUCUUUAUCCCCAAAAUUAUGCUGUGAAUUUUAAUCAACACAAUUACAACGCAUUAACGAAUAAUAACAACACAAUUGUGAACGGCACGAGCGAGAAAGCUGAUCUUGAAAAUAAGUCAAAAAGUGUGCCGUCUAUUAUUAAGGAACUCAAUGAUGAGCUGAACAAUUCUCAAAGGAGAAAAAUCAGAAAUAAUAGUCAGAAUAGUCCAAAGGAAAUUAAGCAGCAGGAAGUUAAAACAUCACCAAGCGAAGAUGAAAACGAGUUUAGCAAAUUGUCGCAAAGGAUUCAAUCAUUAAUUACUCAAAUCACACAGAUGGGAUUUAAAAAGGAAAUGGUCAUGAGAGCUUUGACACGUGUAGGCGAAAAUGAUAAGAAAUUAGUUGAGCAUCUGAUACCACUUAGUGAACUUCUUCAGAUGGGAUUCGAAGAAGAACGGAUAUCAGAAGCUUUAAUAAAAUUUGAUAACAAUAAGGAUCGUGCAUUGGACUAUUUGAUAUCAUAAUUUGUGAUAUACUUUUUAGCUCUUCACACGUGUUGCUUGUAGAAUCCUUUAACUAUUGGGUGGAGUGUCACUCCCGUGAUUAUUUAUUUUAUUUUCCUUUGAUAUGAAUAUUUAAAAAGAAUAUCUACUAACUUACUUUCAUUUGCUUCUUAAAAAAAGCCUUUUUCCGUUGAUUAAGGGAAAUAAAGUUAAAAACACAAACGCAUGUUUAAUGGAUGAUAUUUAUUUUGACUUUUUAUGUCUUCAACAAUAAGAAUGUAAGAAAGAAAGAAGAAAAUACUUAAGAAAAAUUGAAAUGAAUAAAGAAAUAAUUUGACAAAGA